AUGUUCAAGAUCAUCGCCCUGGUUGCCUGCAUGGCUGUCAUCGUGGCCGCUUACGAGGAUGCCCACCCCAAGUACAAGUACGAGUACGGAGUUAAGGACGAAAAGACCCACGACCACAAGAGCCAGUGGGAGAGCCGGGACGGAGAUGUCGUCAAGGGACAGUACACCGUGGAUGAGGCCGAUGGAACCCACCGUGUGGUGGACUACGCCUCGGACCACAAGGCCGGAUUCCAGGCCCAUGUCCAGCGCAAGGGACAUGCCGCCCAUCCUCAUGGAGAGAGCUACGCCAACAUUGAUCAGCACCAUUAGAGAUUUGGAAGUCCGGUUUUGAGUAAUAAAAUGUCGAUUUAUU